AUGUAUGUACAGAGUAAUAAAACGCAUAUUAGCUGCUUAUAUCAACCAAACUUUACAGGACAAGACAAAUAUCUACUGCAGUGCUUGUUGGCUUAUCGCGCAUCCCUUCAUGAUUCCACCGAUUUUUUCCCUGUAAAACUUCAGUAUGGGUACGAGCCUCGCCUCCGACGACCCAUGUUGAAUACGCAAGACUUAAACAAUUACAGUCAAGAACUGUAG